GGUGCGGGACGACCCACCUCCCGCUGGGAUGAGAGCGAGCUGCAGAACUGCAUCCCGCGGCGUGGCCGCCUCCCCACCCAGCCUCGGGCGGCUGAUUCUCCCCCCUCCUGGUGUGCGUGGCAGCCUCCACGCCUCCCACCCUCUCGGGCGCGUUAGGGAAUUGGGGGGCGGUGCUGGGAGAGGGGCGGGCAGGAAGAAGCGCGCUCGAAGCCCCUGUCCUGCCUCCUUCCUUUCAUCCCACCCUCCUUCCUUCGUGCCUCGGAUUGAAUGGGGGAGGAAGUGUCGAAGCCGCGCUCGCUCCUGCUUUUCUCGCCCGCGCCGUCCAGAGGCACCGACGUUCCACCACCAUCAUCAUCGGCGAAGUCCGGCGGCUCGCGGCGCCCAGCAGCAUCGAGCGCAGCAUGUCUUCGGCUAAACAAAGGAGCGGCAAGGGCGGCAGCUCCGCGCCGUCCGACAAGGGAGCCCAUUCAAACCUCCCCGAUGACGUGGCAAAGAAGCAGCAGCAGCAGCAGCCAAACCAGGCUCACGCCAAGGGGAGCAAAGGAGGCGCCUCGGGUGCUGGAGGAGGCAAAGCCUCGUCGUCAUCCUCGUCCUUCUGCAGCCUGGCCAAAGCCUUCAACUUCCUCUUGUCCCUCGCGCUCAUAGCCGCGGCUGCUUUCUCGGGCUACUAUGUCCAUCGCCUCUCCGAGGAAGUGAACCGGAUCAGCGUCCGGCAAGAAGGCUUCGGGAGCCAGCGGGAGGAGUUGGCCCGCGCCUUGGAAGGGGCUGUGCAAAAGGUGCAGUCUCUUCAGUCUGCAUUUGGAGGUUUCGAAUUGACGCUGAAAAAUGCUCAGCAGAAGCAAGAAGUCACGGAAAAGGCUGUUAGGCAAGGGGAGGGAGAGAUCGCUCGCAUUGGUGAGGUUCUUCAGAAACUGCAAAAUGAAAUUCUGAAAGACCUGUCAGAUGGCAUCCACGUUGUAAAAGACGCCAGAGAGCGAGAUUUCACGUCGCUGGAGAACACUGUGGAAGACAGGCUAACUGAGUUAACUAGGUCGAUAAACGACAAUAUUGCUGAAUUCACAGAUGUUCAGAAACGGAGCCAAGAGGAAAUCAAUGAAGUGAAAAUGAAGGUGGCUUCCCUAGGUGAAGCAGAGGUGUACAAACACGAACUUCAUGCUUUGAAAGGCGUUGUUGACGAGAUGCAAACGUCCAUGGAAGCAAAAGAGAAGACUAUAGAGUCCUUGAAAAGUAUGAUAGAUUGGAUGGAAUCGGAUGUGUUGUCCGAAGUCAAAGAACUUGUCAAUCUCAAGCAGGAGCACGAAAAGUUCAAAGAGGUGGCUGAUGCAGAGCACAUUUCAUUACAAGCUCUACAAGAUAAAGUUCUUAAAGCAGAAGAGGCUAUUGGACAUCUCCCUGGUGAGCUUGAGAGACUCCGGGAAGAUCUCUUCCACAUCAAGACUUCUGCCAAUGCACAAGAAGGUGAUGCUCUACCCAGAGACAUCGUAGCAACUCUGCAAAUGAAGAGUGAAGGAUUUGAAUCCAGGUUCAGGUCUAUAGAAGAGAACCUUGAGGCUUUGAGGUCACCAUCUGCACAGCACACUGAAGGGAUGGAAUCUCUUCUCUCCAAGUAUGACAGCAAGCUAGCUGCUUUAGAGGAAGAGCUCGGCUCCAUCCAGGCUAAUUUAGAGAAAGAGGUGCGCUCAGUGACAGAUACCGUAAGGAGCCUUAGUGAAUCUCAGCUCUCCAUGUACAGUGAUGUUGAGGAGCUAAGGAGGAGCGUGAGCGACUUCCCAAACAACGCUGAUGCACUUGAUAACAUCCAGAAACAGGUCCGUGCUCUGCUGGAUAAAGAAAAGCCUCAAAUGGAUGCAGGGCAAUCCAGAGAUAAUCUAGGGGAACUCUCUUCUGUGGUAGGUUCUGUUGAUGAGCUGCGAUCUUCUCUCGGCCAGGCUGAAUCCGACUUAAAAAUGCUCAGGACUGCAGUUGACAGUCUGGUUGCUUACUCUGUGAAAAUAGAAACCAACGAGAAUGACGUCCAGUCACUGAAGAGCUCCUUAGAGGAUAUAAAGAAUGACCUGGACAGGUUGUUUGUGAAAGUAGAAAAGAUACAUGAAAAGGUUUAGCUACCUAGUGUAGAGCAUGUGUAACUGCAAAACCAAAAAUAGUUUUCAUAGGCCAAAGAGUUUUGUUGCUGUUGUUGGGGAACAUGGAAUAUUGGUGGGUUUGAAGCUAAAACCUGUUGGUGCCGUUAUAACAAUCAUAACACUUUCUAGUUAGGCUCCCGUGAUUUUUGUUUGUUUCUUUCUUUCAGUUGCUAGGACAAAUUGUUUUGCUUCUGCUGUUUAAUUCACAGUACAAGAGGAGGAAGCCAAAUUAUGACAACUGUUGCCUUGAUCCAUUGGCAAACAUGGGGGAAGGAGCCUUGUGCAUACAACUGAGUCUGUGUAGGGCUCUGCUCACUGAUAAGAAGAAAAAUGUUACUGUGUAAUCCAAUUCAGGGUGUGGACUCCCCAAUAUUGUGUUGAGGCUACCUUGCAGCUCUUAGAACCAGUAUUGCUAUUCCAAAGAGCACACAUCUUCUGGUGCUUUCGAAUUGUCCCAGGUGGAUUAAAAAAUGGCAAUAAUGGAUAGAACUUAGCCAUCAACCAGUCUUGUUGGGACCAUUUCUGGAUUGAAGGCUGGGUUUAUUUUCAGUUGUGAUGCCCUAAUUCGUUCUGCAGGGAGCUAUAGGAAACAAGUCAGGGAAAUGAAACCAACCAGUUAAAUAAAAAUGUGCCAUUUUGAUUGUCAUGCCAAAAAGAGUGGGUAGAGAACGCAGAAUUGUUUCCACACCCACCCACACCCCAAUUCGUUUUUAACAUGUCCUCUGUGCUGCAGCAAGGUAUAAUACGUAUUACUAAGAUCCACACGAAGUGCCUGAUCUUAUUGUUGACUUCGGUGAAAUAGAAUUGGACCUCAGCCUGAUUUUUUAUAUAUUAGAAAUAACUUUGGGUGUGGGCAAAUGUUGAAAGAAUGAGAAGUAUUAAAAACUGUUGUUCAUUUUUAAGAACCACUGAACAUGGACUGGAUCCUUGUUUUACUUCCGUUAGAAAAUGUUUGCAUUUUUGUUUUUCACUUUUUAAAAAAAUUGUAUGUUUAGAAAGGUACCUAAUUUUAGGAACAGGCUUUUUGGUUUUUUUGGAAGCGUUCUUAAGGUCUGCACAUAAAGACCUCUUCGCGUACAAAGAGGUUAGCACUUAUUUUUGGAAACAGCACAGCACCAGGGGUGAUGGAGACAGAGAAGAUGUCUGGCCAUAUCCGAUGUUGCCAGCAAUGUGUGUAUUCAGAAACUGCCUCCACGGGACCCUAAGCCUUAAAAGCCAAGGAAGAUCCAUGGUAUUGAGAUCAGCUGUUACUUUCCUAAGCUGCUCUUCACUGAUUUUUCCUUUUAUGAGUCUUGAACAAUGGUAUAGUUGACUGUGAAAUUAACUUUUCCCAGUAUCUGUAAUGCCUAAUAAACAGUUGGAAUUUCUGUUAAUGUA